AUGGCAACACUCCAGAAUAAAACUGUCGUUGUGGUAGGCGGAUCAUCCGGUAUUGGCUUUGCCGUAGCUAUCGGUGCACUGCAAUCACUCGCAAGCGUGGUGAUCAUUGCAUCAAGCAAUAAAUCUCGCAUCGAUGACGCUAUUGCAAGACUAAAGGCGUAUAAUCUACCUGGAGAGGUUCGUGGAGAGGUCUUGGAUGCAAAAGACUCCAACGCAGUUAAAACUUUUGCUGUUGCAAUUGGUACCGUUGAUCACAUUGUCUGGACCAGCGGAGAUGUCCCCAAAGACGAACACGGUAGUGGCGUGCUUCCCUAUUCGAACGUAGGCUCGGUUGAUCAGGGACAAGGAAUUUUUACUGUGCGCUUUUGGGGACCGUUCAUCUUGGCGAAGCAUGCAAAAUUCCACCCAGGACUCGUGGGGCAAAGACCGGCUCCCGGAAGCACACUUGCGAGCAGUGUUACAACUGCUUUAGAGGGAUUGACUAGAGGCUUGGCAUUGGAUCUCGCUCCCGUUCGAGUUAACCUAAUUUGCCCAGGACUGCUUACUGACAACAUGUUUGGGGAACGUAAAGAGCAGGUUAUCAAGACUUACAGUGAGAAAAUUCUCCUGAAACGUGGCGGGGACCCCAGCGAGUGUGCUGAGGCAUAUCUUUUUGUAAUGAAGUGUGGAUAUAUCACUGGCCAGACAAUAAAUAUAGAAGGAGGAUACUUGCUUCUCUAA